AGUACCUUAAGCUUUUAAAAAUAAAGUUAUACAUAUUAUACUUACGGUUUAAUGCUUUCCCAUUAAAUUAUUAAAUACAAUUGCCUAGGAAAUAUGAGACGGCAUAUUUGUUUACAAGACGCCAAGCACAGGUGAUCAGCUCGCUCACAUUGCACCUUGUCGCUGGUAUUUUCGAGUAUAAAUAUCAUGGUUAAUAGGUAUUAUGUGUGUCCGCGCUUUUGUCGGGUUAGAGCGUUUUCCAUUAUGGUGGUCAGCUAUGUGCUAUACAUUAUCUUCGGCGGCUUGGUCUUCGUGGUCCUCGAAAAGCCACAGGAGAGCGCUCUGUUAGACGAGGUCCGGCGGCUCCGACUGCUCUUUCUGGAACAAAACCGAUGCCUCCAGGAAAAGCGCCUGGACCAGCUGCUGAAGAAGGCGCUGUUUGCCGGCAAGCGACGGAUAGCUGUCCUGGAUGCCGACACUGACGAGUUAAACAAUGAUUUUACUUCAUCCCUGUUCUUCGUCACUACUUAUUUAACGACCACAGGUUAUGGCAACACUGUCCCCCUCUCCGAUGAAGGCAAGGUCUUCUGUGUGCUGUACUGCCUGGCGGGCAUGCCACUUACCAUGCUGCUGAUGUCAUCCUCCACCCAACGCCUUCUGCCUUCUGUCACCCACGCUCCAGUGCGCCACUUGCAGGAGCGCUGGGGGAUGUCCUAUCACCAGGCUUCCCUGCUCCAUGUCGGUCUGUUACUCACCUGCACUGCACUGCUCUUCUUCUUGUUGCCUGCCGCUGGGCUCUGCUUGCUGGAGCGUGAUUGGAGCUUCCUGGAGUCCCUGUACUUCUGCUUCAUCUCCCUCAGUACCAUCGGUCUGGGGGACUACCUGCCGGGAAGGACCCGCAGCCUGGCUGUGCGACAGGGCCUGGAAUUCGCCACCUCCUGUUACUUGCUGGUUGGCCUGGUGGUGCUCCUGGUGGUGAUGGAGACCAUCUGGGACCUCCCACAGAUACGCAGCCUAGUCCGCCUUGUCAAUGGUCCUCGGGAGGGGCCACUGAUGGGGGUCAACAUGGAUGAGCUGGUUCUCAGUGAAAGCUCUCUGUCUCCAGGAAAUCAGGAAGACAGCAUGGACAUAGUGGAGGUGCCCCAAUACACGAUGCAUAUCUCCACAAUCUCCCCCUCCAUCACAGAGGAGCCCCCAGCCUUACGUACCCAGUUCAUCUCUUCCACAGUCCAUUAAUCAUGUGUGUGCUUUGACUCUUCUGGACUCAGAGGUAAUAGGUAUUUAAAACAUGUAAAAGAGCAGCAAAUGGGGCUUGGAAGAGGCAUGGACAUGCUGGCACAUUUUGAGGACCCUGCAGUUGACAGGGGAUUUUGAAUAUAAGAAAUUACCCGGAAAAUUGAGGGCAAGGUGACAUUUUAUCAGGGGACCCAGAAUUUCUAGCUACACCCCUGCUGACAAAACUAUGUUAUACAUAGCAAAAGUUUAAAAGGGUGAUUCCUGUUUUGGACCAAAUAUUUGGCUGUCUGUUUUCUGAAAAUUGGAAUGAUUGUAUUUUAUGGUUUAAACAUUUUGU